AUCAAGAUCAGAUCUACUUUUUAGAUUCGUUUUUCACUUGGAUUUUUUUUUUAUUUCUUCUUAUUUCUUGUAAUUUUACAGUGUCUGUAAUAGAUCCUAAAAACUAUUAGAGGAUUCAUACUAUUGACAGAAACUUUAGCAGUCUUUAAUUCAAUUAAAAGAAUAACCACCUUUGAACGACUGCGCAUCCCAGAUAGAAACAAACAAGUUCUUUUGAUCGAUAAUUAGUACUAAGCAUUCUCUCCCGUUCAACAAGUUAAUGUCUUUUCACCGAAGCAAUUCUAUAACAAAGAGUAUUACAACAGAAGAUAGCAAAGAAUCAUUAACCGAACAAAGUUCUAUCAACAAUCUCUCAGCAAAAACUACCUAUCAUGAUUUGUUACCAGUUAAGAAAGGAAAGAGGAAAUACAGACUGUCAGAAGUCGACCCAAGUAAGCCAUGUUUUGUUCAUCAGUUGUCCGUGGAGUUAAUUACUCAUAUUUUUGCAAGGCUGGAUCCAGUGAGCUUGGCCGUUGCAGCUGAAGUAUGCACGUAUUGGAAGUAUAUCAUUAUGGAUGAUAGUUGUUGGAGAAAUGCUUUUGUAUCAUAUUUUGGUGUUCUACCAUACAAACGGUUAUCUAUCGAAAGCUGGAAAACUGAAUAUAUAUUACGUACGCAUUUGGUUCGUAAAUGGACGAAGGGGCGUGGGAUGAUUAUGUCUUUUGAUCCAAAAAUUGGAUCUCUCGAAAAGAUGCAAGUGGAUUUUGAGGCGAGCAGCAUGAUUGUUGCCAGUACCGAACACGGUGUAGCCGCUCGCUGCAAUCCGAUGACAGGAAAGGUGGCGCAGCGUCAUCUAUAUUAUAGUACAAACGAGCAUGUAAGACAAGAAAUAUCGUGCGUAGAAAUGGAUAAAGAUCGUAUUUUAUGGGGUUUCGGUCAAGGUUAUAUCACCCUCAAUACUAGAACAAAAUCAACAACUAGUCGACGUAAAACGUUUUCUGAAUUCCAUCAAGGAUCUGUAUGUGCGCUAAGUCUUCCUCAACACGUGCAAGACGUUGUUCUGAGUGGUUCAGAGGAGGAUGGAACAGUUAAAAUUUGGGACGUGUCAACAGCAUUGUGUGUUUGGACUUUUUAUCCGGAGUCGGCAACAGUGAAAAAACCCACUGUUAUCAAAACAACAGCAGACCAUCAGCUUUUGAUCGGCUAUGACGAUGGCUCAAUAAUAAUCUGGAAGCUAAAUUUGAACUUACUUCUUCAAAUUCAUCGUAAUUUUAAUGGACAAGAGCUUGCACAAAAGAAGCGGAACUUACGAGAAUUUUUAGAGAAGGAUAAAAUAGCAAUCGCGCCCUUACCCAUCAUAAGAACAGAUUCUGCGCGCCUUAGUGUGAGGAGUAUGUCGUACGAUAAUGAAACCAAUACAGUAAUUGUUGCGUAUCUGGGUAAAACGGAUGUGCUCAAGUAUUCUACUUUGGACGGCAAAUGUGUCAGUGUAUUUUCCGCUGGACACACGGCAGCCAACUCUAUUACAUGUAUGAAAUGGGAUAAGCAAUUCUCUGGCAAUACUUACUCAUUAGCAUCAGUUGUGAAGCCUCGAUCAGCAGUAGACAAUGGAACAACCAGUCGAAAAACGGGCAGCAACGUUAUUGAUCUCUCCUCAGCUUCAGUCAACAGUAAUAAAUCAACUGCUUCCUCCGCUCCUUCUUCCGGUAUGUCUACGCCGAUAUCGACCACCUACAAGACGACUCGACUUUUAGUGACAGGUGAUGAUUUGGGUACUGUUUGCGUUUGGAAUGGUGAUGCAGUGACCCUUGAAGAAGGUCGUAUUAUCAAACCCCUCCACAUUUUAUCUGGACAUAUUGUGCCUAUUAGUGCCAUUCACAUAGAUGCUUGUAAGAUUGUCACCGGCAGUGACGAUGGUUGGAUUCGUGUUUGGGAACCUCUAACUGGAGAAAUUAUCACCACUUUUGGCAACAAAAUUCCUAAACAUGCCCCUGUAGACCGUUCUGAUGUAAACUUAAUGAGAGUCAAAAAUUUGUUCUGUAAUGAUUACCAAGGUAUUGCCACCAUUGGUCAUCAGGUCAAAUGUUGGGAUUUCUCGCCAGGGCAACAAAAUAUGUUAAGUCGUCGUGCUAUGAAGCACAAAAACAAACCAUAUAAUAUAGCCUUACGAGAAAAAUUGAAGAACGAAAUUUUCAGGGAAGCCAAAGAAUCCAUUGAGAAAUUGAAAACCGAGCAGCAAGAGCUAGAAAGAACUCGAAAGGAACUUGACAAGCUAUCCCUAGGAGGUCUCUCAGAUGAUGAAAUGUUAGCAUAUGCUUUGAUGCUGUCGUCACAACAAGAAGCAACUUUUGGAACGAACAGUGAUAUGACAGCGGGUAUUAUGCAUGAAAGUGAUUAUGUAGAUGAUGAGGAUGAAGAGUUAAUGGAAGCCUUGAUAGCAAGCUUGGAGCAUAGGGAUGCUGUAAUUACUGCGCAAAAGACUGACUUUCAUGAUACUGAUGAGAAUGAGGCUCGUAUACAAGGAAGUAGUAACGCUGCCAGCAGUAAUACUCAAGGCCUCCCUGACGACAGCACCACCCUAUACCAUGACAUAGAGAACUGGCCUACUGUAGAGGAAGCUGCAACAACGUUAAGCUCGCCACAAGUACGAACAGAGGAUGAAGAUAUUGAUGACGAGUUACGAUAUGUUUUGGAAUUGAGUAAACACGAUAAAUAAAUUAAAAAAAUUCUUUCCACAUCGAAA